AUGGACAAUGCUGGAAAUACUGGUAAAAGCACAGUGCUGCUUGCUUGGCUGACUCCACAGCGAGCUUUGGAGAGGCUGGUGUCAGACCACAGUGCUUAAAAAGUGCCCCAAAACUCCCGGCCCUAAAAUACACAUGCACACACACACACUCCUCCUAGAAUCCCCCCUCUCCUCCAUCACAGUGCUGUAGAGUCCUGAGCAUGGGGAAACACCUUCUCACCACUGGACACACACUCUUACUCAGUCGACACACAUACUGUUCUACUCUUUGAGCAUGUGGACGUACACACUCCUACUCACAGAGCGUUUGAUGGUGAGAAGAGCCUUGACAGCGUGAAGCGCAUACCGGUACUUCAGUUUCUCCUGAAAUAAGCCCUGGGCCUGGUAGAGAGGAGAGGGAGAGAGAUCGAGGAGAGAUCUCUCCAUCACCAGAUCUUCAGGAUGAAUAAAACGUGGACAAGUGAGGUGGCUUAGAGCACAAUGUCUUAUCGGUACUGUGCCACCGUGUGUAUCGUGGAAGAGGUCGUAGAGCAGAUUCUGGCGAACCUUAUCCCCUGACCCCUGUGGUGUGGGGGGUGAGUUCGGGGCAAUGCGCUGCCCCACCCUGCUGGCCCUGCUGGCGGGGGUCAUGCUGUACCUGGUGAUGGGGGCGUUGGUGUUCCGGAACUUGGAAAGCCCCAAGGAGAGCAAGGAGCAUGAGAAGCUGCUCUGCACCACACGUGACUUCCUCGGAAACCACUCAUGUGUCACUGCACAGAACCUCAGCGACCUCAUAAAGAGUGUGGUGAAGGCAGUGGAGGCAGGCCUGGACGUAAAACACAGCUCCACCAACUUCACUAGCAGGUGGGACCUGGCCAGCGCCUUCUUCUUCUGUGGUACCAUCAUCACCACCAUUGGGUUUGGUAACCUUUCUCCCAGGACCAAAGGGGGCCAGCUGUUCUGUGUGUGUUAUGCCCUGGUAGGGAUUCCCAUGUUUGGUUUCCUGCUGGCUGGUGUUGGGGACCACAUGGGGACGGGGCUGAGGAAGGCCGUGUGGAAGAUGGAGACGCUCUUCCUGAAGCGGCGGGUCAGUCCCACCUAUGUACGGAUCAUGUCUGCUGUUCUGUCCAUCCUGAUUGGCUGUCUGAUCUUCCUCGCCGUGCCAACGCUGGUGUUUAAGGAAGUGGAGGACUGGUCCUUUCUGGAGGCGCUCUACUUUGUGGUCAUCACCCUCACCACGGUCGGCUUUGGAGACUACGUAGCAGGUGCUAACCGGAGGGACGGAGAUCUGUUUAAGCCCCUGGUGUGGCUCUGGAUAGUGUUUGGCCUGGCUUACUUUGCCUCCAUACUCACCAUGAUUGGGAACUGGCUGCGGGUGCUGUCCAAGAAAACACGUGCUGAGAUGGAGGAGUUGAGGGCCCAUGCUACAGACUGGACCCAGAACAUCCAGAAUAUGUCCAUGGACUUCCGGAUCCCCAACCCUCUGGACCUCAACGACCCCUUCCUGCUGCAGCGGCGCCGCUGGAGACGCAGCACCCGGCGGCGGGUCCGCAGGGGGGCGAUGGGGCACCACGGCAGGCAGGGCGUCAUAGGGGAGAACGGACAUCUGCCCAAUAGGUGGGUCUCCCACACCCGCUCCAUGACCCGUCUGGAGGUCGUGAGGUUAGGGGGGGGCGAGGUUAGGAAUGAGGGAACGAGGUUAGGACCAGAUUCCAGAGUCAGUGCGAGGUCAGAGGGCAGGUCGUUGGGCCGGACGGUGGCGAGGUCGCUGUCGAUGCCUGCGGCGCGCUCUGUGAUGGAGUUAGAUUAUGUCCGUGAUCCUGUUGCUAUGAUGAUGCUGCAAGGGGAGUCUGCGUUUGAGUCUAAGUCGCUGUCCGAGUCUCCAGAGUCUGACUCCAGAUCAGAAGUCUCCUCCUCUGACACUUCUGACAUGUGUACACCGGGGCAGGGGAUAACUUUUGCCAGUUUUGACGCCAGUGGGUCUCUCUGUACUGGGGAGAGGGGAAGCCAGGGAGGAUCCAGACAGGUAUUUUUCCAGGAGGAUGUCCGGUUCCCUGUGCCUCUCCAGCAGCUCCCCAAGUCCCACAACCCCACCAAGCCCAUCCCCAUGUUGCCCAUAUUCUCUAUGAAACCCAUGCCGCUCCCCAUGCCCAACCCACCAGGCUGCAAAAUGCUAGAUUUCUUCGGGGAGAACUUGGCCUACAUUGACGAGUCGUCGGACACGUUGAGUGACAGGAACCAGCCCGUUGAGGGGGCUGUCAGUCCUCGCCCUCGUAAGCCCCGCAGGAGGAGCGUAAGGAGGCAGCUGCCCCACCGGAGCACCCUGAAGGAGAGGGACAGUGACAUGCAGCCCCCCUCCAACCCCCCGACACCUCCCCCUCUUUCCCAUCUCAGAGACUGAUGAACAGUCUGACAGGCACAGGUCAUGAAGGGGGAGAGUAAGGCUGGUCUUUAUUACUAGUGUUCACAGGAGAAGCAGACCUCAAAGCUCAGAUGUACUUAUAUUAUGUACUGGGGAUAAAGGCCAACAAUAUUCUAGAUCUCACUGACUGAGGACCAUAGUCGCCAUUGAGAUAUAUUUGUAUGAAAACUAAUGCAUGUAUUCAGCAGCACAGAUAUAGAAUAUAUCAACUGUCUAAGCUCAGUCAAGUCAGACUCACUGGGUUGAGAAAUAGCACCAACUCCUGGCUGGUAAGUGUAGUACAACAUCUCCUCUGCGAAGGUGUAGCCUGCUGUGCUGUCCGCUACUGGAGCUCAGCCCAAACCUCAGUCAUGGUUUUUAAAUCACUGACUAAAGGACUUUUUUGAAUAACCAUGUUAGAUCUGGCUUCAGACAUCCAUUUCUCUGUAUAUCCCAGUGUCCUUCAGCAUGUGGGAUAUAUAGUGCUUUGGUUGAAUAAGGGCCGUUCCACAACAGGAAUCCCUUUUGGGAAGUGUAAUUUGGUGCAAAACAUUUUACUUUACAUUAUUUUAACAGUCUGUCAUAAAAAGCAGAGUUCAACUUAAUAAAAACCAUGAUUUUUAAGAGGUUCAAUAAAAAAAUAUACUUUAAGUGCCAAAUAAAGUAACAGGGUUGACCAUUUCAUCUUAAAUAACUGUAAAUCCUCACUGACUGGAUUAGGUAUGUAAGUUUUAGUGUGCAGCAGGCAGGGGCAAUUGAAUAGAAACUUCCCAAAAUGUUGUAUAGAUAUUUCCACACUAACAUGAUGAUAAUGCCCUUUUAGUGUUAGAGCUGUUUGAAAAUAAAUGUGACAUUUUUGCCUGUUUUGGUGGGAUGGAGUUUUGGCCUGUUUGGUGACAACACCAGUCGGUAAAUUGGUUAAUAGACCAGUAAGAAAGUUCCAAAUCUUUCUACCAAUAACGGCUAGUUUUCCCCUCCCCACUCAGACCACUCUGACAGUCCUAGCAAAAUUCUUGCUAGGAAAAUUGCUCUUUGCUAAAAAGCUGUUCGGUUCUUUUUGACCAUUUUGAUUGACAACAAUCACAAUAAGGUACGUAAUUGUUACACAGAAAUGAUUUGAUAUUGAGAAAAGCAGCUGCAUUGGGCCUUUUUAAAAUAUCAAAGGGAUUCAAAAGGGAUUUAAUUAGUGGAAUGACCCAUACAUUUUGUUUUGCCGGCAUUCUGUUUCUCUGAAUAUAAAGGGAAGUCCCAUCAAACCUACCUGAGAUGACAUAAUACAUGGAGAGGCCUUGGGGAGACGUGGGGUGGAAGGGAUGUCAGAUCGUACGUGUACAGCACACAGCAAACAAACACACACUACACAUGCUCUCAACGUCACUGAGUCAGACACACACUCAGACACCCAGAGGAGUGUUAAUGUGGGAUAAGUGCAGGUUGAAUAUAGUAAGGGGUGGUUAGGUGGAAAGGACUAACAGAUGCUGGGGGGGAGGGGGACCUCACUGCAGCACCCCUAACGUCCUCCUCCCCCUACAGAGGCCACACGUCCUUUCCCCAGAAAGGCUGAGGGACUGGGGGAGGAGGAUGAGAGGAUUCAUGGAAGCCCAGUUUGGUUACUUUUUCAAACUCAAUGUCCAACUCUCUAGGCAUUAUCUUAUUUUCAUCACCUUUCUGUGUUUGGCACAUAAAACGGACCGACUUGGUGGCCGACAGCCGACCCACUCUGUUUCUCACUAGGUUCAGUGUCAACCGCUCAAAUAUAAGUUGAGCCUCAGGGUGGACUUAUUUUGAGUUGAGCCUCAGGGUGGACUUAUUGAGUUGAGCCUCAGGGUGGACUUAUUGAGUUGAGCCUCAGGGUGGACUUAUUGAGUUGAGCCUCAGGGUGGACUUAUUUUGAGUUGAGCCUCAGGGUGGACUUAUUGAGUUGAGCCUCAGGGUGGACUUAUUGAGUUGAGCCUCAGGGUGGACUUAUUGAGUUGAGCCUCAGGGUGGACUUAUUGAGUUGAGCCUCAGGGUGGACUUAUUUUGAGUUGAGCCUCAGGGUGGACUUAUUGAGUUGAGCCUCAGGGUGGACUUAUUGAGUUGAGCCUCAGGGUGGACUUAUUGAGUUGAGCCUCAGGGUGGACUUAUUGAGUUGAGCCUCAGGGUGGACUUAUUGAGUUGAGCCUCAGGGUGGACUUAUUUUGAGUUGAGCCUCAGGGUGGACUUAUUUUGAGUUGAGCCUCAGGGUGGACUUAUUUUGAGUUGAGCCUCAGGGUGGACUUAUUUUGAGUUGAGCCUCAGGGUGGACUUAUUUUGAGUUGAGCCUCAGGGUGGACUUAUUUUGAGUUGAGCCUCAGGGUGGACUUAUUUUGAGUUGAGCCUCAGGGUGGACUUAUUUUGAGUUGAGCCUCAGGGUGGACUUAUUUUGAGUUGAGCCCUCUUAUCAAAAGUGAUUAACGUGGCCAAACUUCGAAGACUGGAUCAAUGUUAACACGAUCUAACAUAUUGUACAUGCAACAGAAAUCAAGUAAAUGUACAUGACAGAUACGUGUGUUUAUAGCUGUGAAAAGCCCAAUUACGACAGACCUGAUUGUUACAAAUUUGCUAAGGCUGCAAAAUAGCUAUCCCCGCCCAAAGCUGAUGUGUUCCAAAUUGGGCCUAUGAGCCCAUGUCUCUCCCUUCA